CCUGCUAGUGACCUCUGUGUGGCAUGGGCACCUCCCGCGCCCCUGCGAGGACCGUGCUGUUCCAGCGUGAGAGGACCGGUCUGACCUACCGCGUACCAGCACUGCUCUCUCUAGCGCCAGGGCCCACGCUGCUGGCUUUCGCGGAGCAGCGGCGCAGUCCCGACGACUCCCACGCGCACCUCCUGGUGCUGCGGCGUGGCGCACUGGCUGCUGGCGGCGUGCGGUGGGGCCCCCUGCGUGUGCUGGCGACCGCUGCCCUAGAGGAGCACCGCUCCAUGAAUCCCUGCCCGGUGCUCGAUGCGAGCUCGGGGACCGUCUUCCUCUUCUUCAUCGCGGUGCUGGGCCAGACGCCCGAGGCCGUGCAGAUAGCCACGGGGAGGAACGCAGCUCGCCUCUGCUGCGUGACCAGCCACGAUGCUGGCCUCACCUGGGGCGGCGCGCGGGACCUCACAGAGGAGACCUUGGGCACCUUGGUACAGGAUUGGGCCACCUUUGCUGUGGGCCCAGGCCAUGGGAUCCAGCUGCACUCAGGUCGCCUGCUAGUGCCUGCCUACACUUACCGUGUGGACCGCCGGGAGUGCUUUGGCAAGGUCUGCUGGACCAGCCCUCACUCCUUCGCCAUCUACAGUGAUGAUCAGGGCCGCACCUGGCACUGUGGGGGCCUGGUGCCCAACCUGCGCUCAGGCGAGUGCCAGUUGGCUGCAGUGGAUGGGGGCUUCAUUUACUGCAAUGCCCGAAGUCCUUUGGGCAGCCGUGUGCAGGCCCUCAGCCCUAAUGAGGGUACCUCUUUCUUGCCUGCAGAACUUGUGCCCACCCUGGCAGAGACUGCCCGGGGCUGCCAGGGCAGCAUUGUAGGCUUCCCAGCCCCCACCCUCAGCAAGGAGGAGGAUCCAAACCCUCCUCACCUCUGUUCUGAAGCCCAGGAGUCCCUCAGUGGGACUUUCUACCACCCACAGCCCUGGGGGCACAGCCAGGAACAACCUGGCCUACAGUCUGGGCUUGGUGGAGAUGGGGGAACCUAUGUCCCAAUGCUCUCAGUGCCCCCUGUGGCCCCACUACUGAGGCCCACAUGGCUGCUAUAUUCCCACCCAGUGGGGCACAGAGCACGGAUCCACAUGGGUAUCUACCUGAGCAGGUCCCCCCUCGACCCCCAGAGUUGGACAGAGCCCUGGGUGAUCUAUGAAGGCCCUAGUGGGUACUCUGACUUGGCGACCCUUGGGUCUGUGCCUGGCUCAGCCCUAGCUUUUGCCUGUCUAUUUGAAAGUGGGGCCAGGGCCUCCUAUGAUGAUAUCUCCUUCUGCAUGUUCUCCUUGCAAGAGGUCUUGGAGAAUGUGUCUGGGGGCCCUGAGUUGCUCCAUCAUGAGGGCAAGCUCUCAGAGCGCUGCCGGCUCUCCUGA